UCUGGGUCGCUGUGUCACUGGCUGGGAGCUCUGUUCCUGUCCCCCUCCACACCCCAAAUGGAAGCAGGUCACGCUGGGGCACAUCCCCCCGCCCUUUCCCACUCUGCUUUUAGCCCCUCACCACGGUCGGAGCUGGGGAGAGGACACUGGGAGACGGCCCGCGGGCCUCCUCGGGCUGCGUGAGGACUCUCAAGGCCCCGUUUUCCCUCGUGUCACUUGUCCCUCCUCCCCGGCAGCGCCACCAUCCCCUCGCUGAAGCAUCGUCUGCAGAGGAACGUGGCUGCCAUGGCCUGGAAGCCGCUCUGUGCCUCCAUCCUCGCCGUCGCCUGCCAGAGCUGCGUCCUGGUGUGGCACCUGGAUCCCACCUCCCUCUCCACGAGACCGUCGUCUGGCUGCGCCCAGGUGUUGUCCUACCCCGGGCACAGCCCCGUCACCAGCCUGGCCUGGGCUCCCAGCGGGGAGCUGCUGCUCUCGGCGUCCCCGGUUGACACGACCAUGCUGGUAUGGGAUGUGUCCACCGAAAACUGCGUCCAGCUGCAGUGGUUUGGGGGUGGCGGCGUCACUUACUUGGCUUGGUCACCCGAUGGCAGCAAGGUCCUGGCAGCCACCCCCUCUGCCGUGUUCAGAGUGUGGGAGGCUCAGAUGUGGACGUGUGAGUGGUGGCCCACGAUGAAGGGGCGCUGCCAGACGGGGUGCUGGAGCCCUGACGGCAGCCGACUGCUCUUCACGGUGCUGGGCGAGUCCGUCAUCUACUCCUUGUCCUUCUCAGAGUACCGGGGGGAGAUGCAAGGGCAAGUGGGAGGCUCGAAAACAGCUUCUAUCGUGGCAGAUCUGUCCGAGACCACCUUUGAGACGCUCUACGGGGAGGAGAGGGUUGGAGGAGAAGCCCACUCCAUGGUGUGGGACCCCACCGGCGAGAGACUCGCUGUGAUCAUCAGAGGUCUCCGUGUUCCCACAUCGCACCCGGAGCCCGACUGGGCCUCUUGGCUCCGUUUUUUUAGGAGCAGCCCCUGGGAUAAUCGAGCCUUUCAGGCUGUCCUGGCUGGGCCCUGCUCCCAGACAAAGCGUAGCUUUGAGGAAGCACCGAAACACGGUGCUGGGGCUGCUGCUGCCUCGAGCUCCCUCCCUGUGCGCCACCGGCCGAAACUGCUGAGCCCACUCAGGAGCAUGCGGGUUUUUUUUGUUUUUUUUUUUUUCCCGUGCAUAAAGCUGGGGGGGAAACCCUGAGGGUACCAGGACUCCCAUAGCUGGUACCCCCCUGCCCUCCCCACAGCCAGUGAGGAUCUUGGUGCAGAAACUGUGAGGGGGAUGGAAAAUAACCUUCAUGCUGGAGAGACAGCCCCCUGCCCCCAUCACACCUUACAGGCUGGGCUGGUUCCAAAGGAGCUGCUUCACCUCUUGCCCAAACCCUUCUCAGCCAAACUGGCUGCCCAAGACCUCGGAGCCAGCUUUUAAAUCAUUGAAGGAUCUUUGAAAGCCCCAUCCUGGGAUCCUACUCGCCUCAGUGCGAGGAAAACACGGUCCCCAUGGAGCUUCCCCCCACCUCAGAGGCUGCUUGUCCUGGGCUCUGCAGCACCCACAAAAAUCUGACCUCUGUGUCCCUUGUGCGGCGUCAAGGGGCCCGUCUGCGCCGUCCCUGGGGCACGGGGAAGCCUUCCUCCUCCUCCUCUCCCUCCUGCAGGGCACGCUGACGCUCCCGGGAGCCAGACGGUCAUCGCUGUGUU